GGGGCGGACGUCUACGCCGUAGCGAGCAGACCUUGGCCCAGGCUGAGCUUUGCGAUCUUCGAAGUUUCUGGCCUUCGCGCUUUCUGGCCGUUGCUACGCGUGCCCUGGCCUCUGCUACGCGGCUCUACGAAUUAGCUACGCGUAGAUUGCUACGCGGUUUUCGGACUUAGACUACGUGUUUGGACUUAGACUUUGAUCGAAUCUGUGAUUGUUAAGUGGAUGGCUGGCACGUGAUUCGAGGUGUAGCGAUAGUAAGCGACGUUUGGCGGGAAAUGCGCUGAUCCACAAGAUGGUUGACCGACACAAGAUGGCCGCCUCGCACAAAAUGGCGGCCGGUGCUUUCAUAUUGCUCCUCCAUCUCGCCGUGGCAGCCGCUGCAAAGUGUAGCACGGGCUUCUCGGUGGUGGCACCGGAAUCGGCGGUACCGGGGAAGACCACUGCCAUCCUGGUGACGCUGCACGGCAGAGCUGACGAGGCACUGGAUCCUCUGAACGUCACUGUCAAGCUGGAGACACAGGACGCGGACAAUGACGUGAAGCUGCUGACCACCGCCAGUCAGAUGAUCACUGGCUAUGGAAUCAUACCACUCAAGAUCCCAUCAUCACCAGCAACCCACUGCACUCUCCACACCUCCGUUGGUUGUGUGGGCAACGAUGAGUGCACUGCCAGGAGUCACAGCGUCAUCAGACUCCUGGGUCCAGUCAGAGAUGUGAUCGUCAGACCUGCGAGGCACCAUUAUAGACCUGGUGAAACAAUCACUUUCUGGAUCCUAGCGCUGGACCACGACCUUCGUUUGGUGAGAGGGGAGAUCGCUUACGUGGCACUGAGUGACCCGGCCGGCACCAAAGUCGCUAUAUGGGAACAGCUGUCUAUGGAUGAAGGUGUCCGCAAGCUAAGCACGAUCUUGGCUGCCGGUGCCCGAGCUGGCACCUGGCGUAUCGAGGCCUCGUGCGGCGGAGGAUCAGCUCGCGUGGACAUCUCCGUCGGCUCUGGACCUGGGAACGCCACCCCGGCGACACCAGCGGGAGAACAGCACUACGUGGAGUUGAAGUUCGCUGAUAGCAUGAGAAGACGGUACAAGCCGGGACUGCCGUUCGUUGGAAGGGUGGAAGCUGUGAGCACGGAGAAGCACGUCCGAGUCCGCGUGAAGCUGUACGACGACAGCACCGACAUCUACAGCCAGGACAUCGACAUGUCCACCGGCGAGGGCGGCUUCAUCGUCCCCACUGUCAUGGCCGACGCACCCUACGUCAAUCUGCAGGCUGAGCUAGUUGCUGUGGAAGGAAAGGAGAUAGAGACUCACUACGUGCUGGCGAAGGAGAGAAUACGGCGAUGGAACUCCACCUCCAAAUGCUACCUCCUUGUAGAAAACCUGCCUACGCCACUUCAAGCUGGAGGCAUAGCAUCAGCCAGCGUCUGGUCAUCCUGCGGCUGUCGGCAGCGGCUGCUAGCAGCUGUGACGAGCGGUGGCCGCGCGGUGCACUGGGCGGCCGUGCCCGCGCCCAGCCCAGCCAACGAUACCGAUCUGUGCCGGUUUAAUUACACGUUCCCUGUGUCAGCGGACAUGGCGCCGCUCAGUUCCCUGCUGGUGUACUACGUGACGGAGUCCGGCGAGCCCGUCAGUGACGUCGUCAACUUCCACGUCCGACUGCUGCAUAAACAGGUAUCAGUGGCAGUGGAGGAGCGUCGCUGGUGGUACCCGCGCGCGGCGCUGCAGCUCCGUGUGGUGGCGCCGACGGACUCCCUAAUGUGUCUCAUUGGUGCCCGAGCCCCGCCUGACACCAGAUUCGAUCCUCAUCAGACAACCGAGCACGAGGAACAACCAGGUCCAGAGUUCGUGUCAGCUGGAGUCUCCCUCUUCGUUGGCGGCGGCACGUGCGGCGGUGGUGUGUUGUACCGACAGCGGACCGCGCCUGGGCCGAGGUUCCCACCAAACCUGGUGCCACCAGCAUCACAUGAUAGAUUGUGGAUGUGGAAGUGUUUCAACUACACGAGCCAGCUAUCAACGGACGGGGUCACCAUAGCAGCACCGUCGGAAGCGGGACGCUGGUCUCUUUGGGCGCUGUCCCUCUCCAGUCGUGGUCUUCGAUUCUCGGCUCCGAAGACCAUCAACGUCUUCCGACCCAUACAGCUGGACUUCUCCCUACCACCGGCUCUGAAGGUGGGAGAGACUGUGGAAGUGGAUGUGAAGAUCACGAACAACAUCAACAAUUGUAUGGAUGUAACAGCUCUCUUAGCGCUCAGCGCGGGUGCUGCGUUCGCGUCCACUGGAGCCCUAUACGUGACGGAGCGGCUGCGUCUCGGACCUCGAGGUGGCACGCAGCUGGUUGUACGAGUAGCAGUGAACACACCAGGACGGAAGAAUAUUACUGUGGAAGUGACCGGCUACAGCGCGGACAACUGCUCAGUGUCGUACACGUCGUUCAACAACGAGACGCUAGUUGGUUCAGUGAUCCGAUCCGCCAGCGUGCUGGUGUUGCCUGAAGGACUGCACAGGAGCGACACGCAGAGCGCGUACUUCUGUGCUAACGAGCACCUAGCGGUAUCCUCUCGUGGUUCGUGGGAGUGGCAGUGGGUGGCGGCACCAAGGAACCGAGCGGGGCUUGUGCUGGAGCUGCGAGCGGAGGGCGCCGCGCAUGUCGCCCUGUCGGCGGUACAGGGACCUUCCGAUGACAUGUACCGAGUCGUGUUCGAGAGGAGCAGAGUUUGGAUCGCUAAAGGACGACAUGGCUACGACGUUCAUCUCGCUAGCGCAGAGCAAACUGAAAGCGACGAGGAGUGCUCCGGGUUGUGGUGCGCGUGGUGGGUGUGGUGGGAGGGGGGACGGCUGUCGGUGGGGAGGGGGGCGGCGCCGGCGGAGCGGCGGCUGCUCGUGUGGCCUCUAACGCCCGACGUCCGCAUCAAGUACGUCGGAUUCAGCGCGCUGUGGGGAGACACUGCAGAUUUCAGGAUUUGGAAUUUCAACGAAGAAGCUGGAUUUUCACAAGUAUUAGAACUCGGGCUACCUCACGGCGUAGUUCCAGGAAGUGCGAGUGGGACGCUCCUAGUAUCUGGUGGUCUACACCUCCCCUUAUACAGUCCUCACUCAGAUUCCACCGACUAUGCUGAUGUCUGGAGGGACUCUCAACUAUCUGCGGCUUCAGCUAACUUGGCACCAUUGCUGGCUCUGGAGCAUAUUCCACAUUUGGUGGACGAUGCUGAAAGAGAAAGAAUAUUGAAGAAGUUGCCUGAGCAGGUACAAAUUCUGCUAUCGUUCCGGAAACCCGAUAAUUCAUUUAGCGACCACCCUGCAGUAACCAGUCACUUGUCCACCAUCAAAAUGCUAGAGAUCUUGAACAAAAUCCAAUCGUACUACCCAAUAGAUCCAAUCCUACUACAAUCAAUAAAAACCUGGAUUCAGAAACGACAAAACCAAGAUGGAUCGUUCACACCGCUGGCUGCUGAUAAUGAAGUGGACUAUUAUCCAGUGGAAAUUAAAAAGAAUAAUAGUACUGAGACGGAAAUAGACGUGAAUGAAUAUUAUUACUAUGAUGAAAAUGGAAAUAUGACGCAAAAAGAAAUAGACUGGGAGAGAAGAGUGGAAGUGACAGCAGAAACACUUGUGGCGUUGCUAGAAGUUGGAGUAGAGAAUCGAGUAGACGCAAAUGUUGCCCAGAAGGCUCAAGACUAUUUAGAGAAGAAUCUUCAUAAUUUGACAUCACCAGCGGCUUUGGCAGCUUCUGUUUUAGCUUUGGUUAUGGCCAGGAGCCCAGUAGUGCCUGAAGCAUUGGACAUUCUACGCAAUGCAUCCACCACUGAAGAGGGAGAGUUUGGGUGGCCAGCUCCAAGAAAAGAUGCUGCUGAUUGGCUUCUAGAGGAAACUUCUCGAAACAUCAAGACCACAUCUUACGAAGCAGUGACAAUGGAACAAUAUGUUGCGGGAGUGCGCGUGCUGCUGGCGGCGUGCGCGCGCGGCGCUCUUGCCGCAGGCGAGGCGGCAGCGCGUUUCCUUUACUACCGCGCCUCGACCUUGCAGCGUCACCCCAGCCUUGCGUAUAGCACGACCAAAGCGGCUGCGCAGUAUGCCGCCUUAGCGCAUGAUAAACAUCGAGCGCUCACCGUGUCUCUGGCGACGGCGGGUAUGGAGCUAACGGACACCCUGGAACUCCGUGCCAAGUCACCGCCACGCUCACUGCAACUCCCCGGGCUGCCCACUAAAGUGUUUGUGUACGCUACUGGCGCGGGUUGCGCUACUGUGCAGGGGACAAUAAGCUACUCCACUUACACACCGAAACCGGAAAACGCGCUGCUUAACAUUCAAGCCGCAAUCAUUGAAGAGAUUCGUCCCGAACGAAGCAGCCUGGAAGAUCUUCAAGGAAACUUACCAACACUUAUCAUAAAGACUUGUUUCAAAUGGAAAGGCAAAGAACGUUCUGGGAUAUUACGUCUGGAGUCCUCACUGUUCUCCGGCUACGAGCUGCACUCGGUCAACCCGGUGGUGUUAGAUGGCGCCACGUUCGCCGACAUGCACUACGGCUCGCGAGGCGAGUCCGUGUGGUUUGUGUUUGUCAAUAUUAGUUCUACGUGCCCUGUAUGUGUUACAUACGAAGCCAGAUCCAAGUUUAUUAUCACAAGUCUACGGCCAGCAUUUGCCAAAAUUUAUCCUUCCACAAGGCCUGAUUUGGCAGUCGAAACUUUCUUCCACGCUAGACCUGGCAGUGCCUUACUACGCGGAAUCACUGAUGAUGAUUAUAUAACAUGGUUUGAUAAAACAGAAGUUUCAAGUCUUAAGAAUGGUGUCAAUAUUGAUAAUAUUUGUGAAUGUGGCCGGAUAUGCAGCAGAGACUACGAGUUCAGAAAGGAUUAUGAACAAAAACAUCCUCCAAAAUCAGUUGUUUCGACAACGAGCGUACCUCCAACCACUCCUGUUGCUGCACAAACAACUACAGAAACUACUGAAAAACUUGUAUCUACCGACAAAACCGAUGAUACAAUGACUACAACUCAAAAACUUGAAAGCACAGAAAGUAUAAUAUUGAAUGAAGCAACUACAUCAUCUACAGAAAGACCAGAAUUGACAACUAAAAUGAUUAGUACUACAGAAACCAUAAUGGGCAUUACUAAAAUCAGUAAUGAAUCGAAAAUUCAGGAUUUAAACAACGACAUUGGGCCUAUUAAAAUAAAGACAAGUGGAGAAGUAGUCAUACCCAAAGUGCUGAUUUCUGAAAACUACUCUAAGAAACAAGACAUCAAGAAAAAACAUUUACCGAGACGAAAGGGUACACUAAAAGCUACUUAUGGAGACAAACAUGAAAGCUUCUUUAUAAAACCUAAAUCAAGUUAUGAUAAUCUUCAAAUGAAUGAUAGCUUAAAUAUAAAAACCUUAAAAAUAGAAGGUACAUCAAAUAAUAAUCUGACAACAUUGCAAAUAGAAAAUAAAACAAAUGAGCCCACCAUUAGCAAUAAUGUUACUCCAAAAAGUGAAACUACAAGAUUAGUUAACGAUACUAAAGAAACAGCUGAAAAUAAAACAUCAAAUAAGGUAACGACCGCAACAGUUGCUCAAAAACAAAUGACUUCGACUUCUGAACGUACAAUUUUUGCAAUCACCAAUAAAAAUAUUAAGCCGCAUCACGUAACUAAGAAACCCAAAUCACCCACACAAAUAAAAAAACCAUUGAUAUUUAUAAAUACUACUAAGAAUAAAGAAAAUAAAGAAAAUAAAGAAAUCAACAAAACUAAUCAUCCAAAUAAACAAAAGAAUCAAACGAUCUUUAUUGUCGACACUAACAAACACAAUGCUAAAGUUUUGAAAUCCAUAAACAAGGAAAUACAUAAGAUUCCAUCAACACCAAUAUCGGAGACAUCAAAAUCCUUAGCGGAUCAAGUAAAACCUGAUAUAGCCCCCGAGAAUAAAGAUGGUUUUGAAAUACUAGACAAAAAUCACAUUUGGGAACUCCUCAAAGAAGAUCCCGGUAUAAGUAAGGAUAAAACUGAUAGUCAUGUCUAUGCAGGAAUUUUUAACGAUGUUACUAAUAAUUCUACUAAUAAUGAAGAGCAUCCUUUAUAAACUUUGUUACAUAAUAUUUAAGAUACAAAUGUAAGCAUAUUUUUGUAAUUCCGCCAAAAACUUUUUAAUAAUAUUACAUGCCUUAGUUUAUCGAUUCCUAUACUUUUACCAAAAUUCGGACAUUGAAUUAAUUACUAUUAUAUCUUUUUGCAUCAACAAAGUUUCAUUUGUAGAGUAGAUAACACCUAGAAUUUAUGGUUUUGCUCAAUAUUCUAAGGUUCAAUGUCCGAAAUCCUUCGUUUCUAGUUGAUACAUUAAUAGCACUCGAUUAAUAGAUUGAUGUAAAUGCACUUUACGUUUUAAAGUAUUAUAUUAAUGUACAUAAAAUAUAUAGGUUACUAUAUAAGUAUAUUAGUAAUGACUAUUAAGAAUAUGUGCUGUGACUUGUUUGAUGUGCGAACUGCGAACGCUAAAAGCCUGAUAUAGAAUUUUAUGGUUCAUAAGAUGCUCACUAUUAACGAAAGCAAGAAAAAUCUAAGAAUAUUCAAAGUUACCGAUCGCUUGAUUGCUUACGAACUUAGUGAGAGCUAGAAAUGCCAAUUAAAAUAAAUUUUAUUGAAUAUAAGAGUAACAUAAGAAAAGAACGAGAUGGUUGUAAAUGAUUAGCGUUAAUGUAAAUAACUCUUGUUGCCAAAUCUAUUCUAGAUCUUUCUGUAACCCACUCUUAGUCUUCGUAUUUAUUCCUCUAGUAGUAAAGUAGACCUUUAGAAUAAUGCGAUUGCCCCAGAAUUUCCAUCCGUCUAAUCUACUCUUCUGUAUCUAUUGUAUGUAACGUAGUCUUAUUCUAGUCGUUGUUAGUUUACUUUAGUACUAGUUCUAGUUUAAUGUCUGUCAAUUUAGAUUCUCCUUUUUCCUUUGGCCCUUUUAAUAUAGAAUUAAGCUGCGAGUCAUUUGUACCUUGAAUAUUAACACUGGCAACAGGUGAUGUUUGUGGUGAAAAGUGGUAACAAUGCAAGCCACUUGUCUUACUAAAUAAUAUAAAAUAUUCCAUAAGACUUACAGAACAUUUCGUAGGCUAGCGAUCAAGAAGAUCCCGUACAAUCACCAGCUAUGAAUUUGAAUUUAAGUAAAAUCGUCCUUUUUGAAUUUAAUUUUUGAGAUUGCUUGUAUUUUAAUGUCGUUAAGAAUCUGCUCAGAAGAGUGAACGCCUAAAAAUCUUUGGCUCCGUUGGCUAUGUAGCAAGGCAGGCAUUCUUCUGACCGGGCUAUAGAUAGGCUACGUAAGGAAUGUUGACUUGUAAAUGGUUGUAUGGCGCUUGAAAAUCUUGUCAAUUUGAAUAAUAUUGCAAUAUUGUAAUGAUAAAUGUGCUUAUGAUAAGUUAAUGUAUGAGAACAUUGAUGUACUGACAAAUUACAUAGGUUAAUAAUAAAGUACAUAAAUUA